AUGGCAUCGGAUGGAGACGCGGACCAAUCGUAUGGUGUGCUGGUGUUUGGCCAACAUCUGGUUCAUCUCGAUUUAGCAUCAAUGCAUUCACAGGCACAGGGAGUCAGAGAGAGCACAGUCAUCAUCAUCAACACCAACACCAACUUCAUCAUCAUUUCUUGUGAUUCCCUCAAUAUGGAUUCGUCUGGAAGUGUGGUUCUUGACUGUCAGUUUGAAAUGGAUGAGCACAGGGACAGAAAGGCUGUCCUCAAAUGGUAUCAUAAGGGAGACCCGGUACCUAUUUAUCAAUGGAUUAUCUCUAAGGAAAACCGAAAAUAUUCGGACAAAAUCGAGCCCUUCGUAGACAAGAAUUACUCAAUCGGUGAUAAAUUAACCAAAUUCAGAGCCAUUCGACUCAUAAGCCCUCCAAUGAGUUUGAGUGGAGAAUACGAGUGCACUGUUCAGUCAAUCGAUGGCCACGACAUUAAGACCACUGAACUCAUUAUUUAUGUAACCGCUAAAAAUUUCACAAUCAAAGCCAUCGAAGUGGACAAUGGAGUGAAUAUAAGCUGUGAGGGCACCGGACUCUCUCCUGAACCAAAGCUCGCAUUAUUCAGAAUAACGCAAACAAAUGAGUCAAACGGUAUUAAUGCCAUUGAAGUGAAAGACAAAACGACGACUUCACUGAGUCGUGAAGAGUCCGGUCUCUACAACAUCUCAUUGACAGCACAAGUCUAUGAAGACUCAUAUUCUUCUGGUAUUGAUGUGACCGAUCAUUACGAGUGCAGACUUAUGAUCGAGAAAACUGAUUAUAUGGAGACACGGAAUCUGGCCAUACAGUCAGACAAAUAUAAUACUAAAGAGAACAUUGAAUUCCUGUUGUAUAGGUUGGCACACAAGACAUCAUUCGCACAAUUCUUCGCCCAACAAAUACACACCAGCUCAGGCACAGGCAUUAGUGGGAGUCCCUCUUCUGGCAGUCGUCAACAUUAUGAUCACCGCUUAUGUCAUAUAAAAGAAGAGACGGAACACGAGUUCAUCUAAUUUGAAGUUUUUAUGCAUCAAAUGUUAGAGCAGUUGCCGUCUAUUGUUAUAAAGUUUACGAUAGACUAACAAAACGUCUCACAUCGCCAUCAACACAACUCCUGCGGUGUAUAAAGUGUGCCAUUUUUGUAGCCAAAGAAUCCAAUUGUCUUCUAGUCUUUCAACACAACCACUGAUACAACAAAAGGAGAACAACUUUUUUAAUAUAACGAAACCCAAACCAUUGGUUAUAAUCAUUUAGAAUAAAGAAUAGUUCA